AUGUGUGCGAUGCCGUUCAUUUUUCCUGCGUUCAUGGUUUGGGUCCAGAACAAUGUAGUUUUUCUUUUUGUAUCAAUGGGCGUUUUUCUGGUUGUGGCGUUGGUUCUGAUGUGUAGUAGCUCAGUUCGUCGAUCAUAUCCACUCAAUCUCAUUGCGUUGGGCGUCUUCACACUGGCCGCCGGUUAUAUGACCAUGGCCGUAACAUCGUCGUACAAUGUACAGUCGGUAUUGCUGGCAUUGUGUAUCACCACAUGUUCAUCGGCUGCUAUAAUCGUUUUCGCCAUGUUUAUAAAAAAGGAUCUUACCAGCAUGAUUGGUAUAGCCUACGUGUUCGGCACAACGCUGAUGUUCUUCGGCCUCACAGCGAUGAUCGCUUGCUUUGCUUUCAACGUCACAUUCCUGUACACCGUCUAUGCAGCUCUGGGAGCACUUCUAUCAAUGCUCUAUUUAGCAAUCGACACUCAGCUGCUAAUGGGUGGACGGAAGUUUGAGCUUUCUCCUGAAGAAUACAUAUUUGGUGCAAUGCAAAUAUUCCUCGACAUUCUCAACAUUUUCUUGUUCGUCCUCCAGAUUUUCGGCAAGAACUGA